GUGAAUAUUUUUUAGAAAAAUUAUAAGUAAGCUAUUUGUAUGGAUCCGUAAAAGACUUAGUGCUCCAAUUUUCCAAUACAUCCACCACAAAAACUCACCCAACGCUAAAACCCUUUUUUCCGACGUUCUUCAUUAAUCUUCUCUCUCCUCAAAACCGCAGAGUCUUCAGUUGGUAGAACAUUCAAGUCUUACCCCAUUUUUUCCCUCUUUCCCAUUCAAUUACGUUUUCUUCAUCGGUGAACUAGGUUUUGAGAUUUCAUCUGCAGUUUGCAUUCUGGAUUAAAGUGCAAGUGAGGGGAAAUUUUCUUCAUUCCAUGGGAAGAAUCGUUCUAGGGAUCUUUCAAUAGGUUUAGCUUGCUUUUUGAACACCAAAUCUGAAAGUUUCUCAUGGGUACACGAGCAAUUUUGCGUCAAAGGAAAUCCCUUGUUAGGGCAUGUACUCAACCCAAUGGCUCCUUCCGAUGUUUUUCAGGUUUUGAGUAUGGGCAGUCAUCUUCUGUUCCUCACACCUGCGAUCCAAAUUUAGCUGUUGUUCUUCCUUCUGUGGAUUCUGAUUCAAGGAAAGAGAGUGGAUCAUUUUCAAUAAAGGAUAAAUUAAAACUUUACUCUUUUGUGGGGCAUCCACGCAAUCACUGGGGUGGGAGUCCAUUUUUCCGAUCAGUUAAUGGGCAGAUUUGUUCUGGAUCUUGUGUAGGUUCAGCCUUGCUGUCACAGGUCUUGCGCUAUUCGACAGCAGCAGCUGGUCAACCAGAGUUACGUAGUGGUGAUAAUAAAAAUGAAGAAAAGGUUGUUACUCAAUCAAAGGAACCUUCACCGGAAGAAUGUGAUGAAGCUGUUGAAGGCCUCAGUUCUGCUAAAGCUAAAGCCAAAGCUAAGCAAGUGCAAGAACUUCAAAAGAGUGAAAAGACGAUACUGCAAAAGUUUUGGGCCAAACUUUUAGGGAUUGGACCUGCUUUUAGGGUUAUUGCUUCUAUGAGCAGAGAGGAUUGGGCUAAGAAGCUUAGGCAUUGGAAAGAUGAAUUUGUAUCUACAUUGCAGCAUUAUUGGCUUGGCACAAAAUUACUUUGGGCUGAUGUUAGAAUUAGUUCAAGGUUGCUAUUGAAGCUUGCUAGUGGCAAGAGUCUAUCAAGAAGGGAGAGACAACAACUUACUCGCACUACAGCUGAUAUCUUCAGGCUAGUUCCAGUUGCAGUUUUCAUUAUUGUCCCAUUUAUGGAGUUAUUGCUGCCAGUAUUCUUAAAAUUAUUUCCGAACAUGCUACCAUCUACUUUUCAAGACAAGAUGAAGGAACAGGAGGAACUGAAAAGGAGGCUAAAUGCUAGAAUAGAGUAUGCCAAGUUUCUUCAGGACACAGUGAAAGAAAUGGCCAAAGAAGUCCAGAAUUCUCGUAGUGGAGAGAUUAAACAAACUGCGGAAGAUCUUGAUGAAUUUAUGAACAAAGUUAGGAGGGGUGAAGAUGUCUCCAAUGAAGAAAUUCUGGGUUUUGCUAAGUUGUUUAAUGAUGAAUUGACUCUUGACAACAUUAGCAGGCCUCGAUUGGUAAAUAUGUGCAAAUAUAUGGGUAUCAUGCCAUUUGGAACAGAUGCAUAUUUACGUUUUAUGCUUCGAGACAAGCUUCGAAAGAUUAAAGAGGAUGAUAGAAUGAUUCAAGCGGAAGGUGUUGAGUCGCUUUCAGAGGCAGAACUUCGUCAAGCUUGUAGGGAUAGAGGUUUGCUUGGUUUACUUUCUGUUGAAGACAUGCGCCAGCAGCUGCGUGAUUGGCUGGACUUAUCUCUCAAUCAUUCGGUGCCAUCAUCUCUUCUGAUUCUUUCCAGGGCCUUCAAUGUCUCUGGAAAAAUCAAACCCGAGGAAGCUGUGGAAGCUGCAAUUUCAUCCUUGCCUGAUAAUGUUGUUGAUACCGUUGGAGCAACAUCUUUGCCUUCUGAGGAUACAGUUUCUGAAAGGAGGAGAAAGUUAGAGUUCCUUGAAAUGCAAGAAGAACUGAUCAAGGAAGAGGAGGAGAAAAAGAAAGCAGAAGAAGAAAAGGCCAAACUGAAGGAGUCUACUGCUGGCCAAAAGGACAUCGCGUUGGAAGAGAUGGUGGAUCCAACUACCAGGGAGGCACAAGAACGUGCUAAGGCUGCAUUAUCUGAUAAAGAUGAUCAGCUUUGUGAACUCAGCCGUGCAUUGGCUGUUCUGGCUUCAGUAUCGUCUGUGAGCAGGGAACGGAAGGAGUUCUUGAGGCUUGUCAAUAAGGAGAUAGAGUUAUACAAUAGUAUGGUCGACAAGGAGGGAACAGAAGGUGAAGCUGAAGCUGAGAGGGCAUACAAAGCUGCCCAUGAGGUUCAGGAUGAGGAGGAGGAAGAUAUUGCUCAAGUUUCUUCAGCCCUUAUAGAUAAGGUGGAUGCUAUGCUUCAAAAACUUGAAAAAGAAAUUGAUGACGUGGAUGCCAAGAUCGGUAAUCGUUGGCGUUUGCUAGACAGGGAUUACGAUGGGAAGGUGACUCCAGAAGAAGUUGCUUCAGCAGCUGCAUAUCUGAAGGACACAUUGGACAAAGAUGGUAUCCAAGAUCUCAUCAGCAAGCUCUCAAAAGAUCGAGAUGGAAAGAUACUUGUAGACGACAUCGUUAGGCUAGCUAGUCGGAAGGACAGUGAAGAAGCUGGAUCUGACCGAUGAACCGAUUUACCACAUCCGGAUUUUUUACAGUAUACGUCAUUCUGAGACCAUUUUCCGGCAUGGUCUCGAUACUGUGGAAACUGCAUAAAUACGGAAAUUGAAGGAUUGAAUGUUCGAGUUGGUGAGAAUGGUGCCAAUUUUUUGCUCUGGCCACUACCUCCUCUCAUAUCUCAUCUACAAUUCACCUUGUAGACUUGUGUAGUACACUUGCUAAAGGUUCUAAAUUUCUACUGCCGUACCAAGAGAAAUGUUGUAUAUGCAUACCUGUUCGAGUAUGCGUCUAUACAACUAUACGAGGAAAUUGAUUUUGUUAUUGUUAUAUAUGCAUUUGUCCAAGUUAUCUGAUAAUGUAGUUCUUAUAAUAAAAAGAGGCUAAUGCAUAGCAAGAGUAAAAGUGAUUUGUUGAAUUGAAUUUUGAAUAAAUAUUUUUGGUAAUUGAUGGAACAGACUCGAAAUUUUAUUUACCGUUAAAGUUUGUUACUCUCUCUAUCAUGAGAUUGUUGCGCCAUUUUACUUUUAGAUUACAGAAUUGUUUUUAUAUUCUCCCUGUUUACAAGGUAUGAAUUUUAGAUGAACUACUAGUAUAUUAUAAAAGUUGAAUUUUAUAUUCAAUAACAUACAAUAAAUUGAUAAAUUGCGUUAAAUUGCGUGAUGAACUACUAGUAAAUU